GUGACUACUGUGAGAUAAAUGUCUGCAGUAAUGGGGGGACCUGUGUGACCGGCGCCAGAUCCUCCAUCUGCAUCUGCCCCGAUGGCUACACUGGGGACACCUGCAACGACACUGAGACCGGUACGGAGAACAGAACAAUAUUAAUAUCUGCACAAAAGCAUUAUAGCUAGGUCUUUGAAUUAGUAUCAAGUAUAGUUAUUCAUUUUGUAAAGUUAUUUGUAGGCCAGUUAUAAGGAGUCCAAAGCUGUUAUCAAUGCCUAUAGUAUGUAUUUCUAAAGCACUAUGGAUGUCUUGUGACUGUUCAUAAAGGUGUUAACGCCAAUAGAUGGUACAUAGACCGUGUUAGAGGGAGAUUCUGAGAGGCUGUCUCUGUACUACACGGUAUUGCCAAUAUGGCCCUAAUAAUAUUAUUCCCUAUCCUCCUCCCUUGCAUCUCUGCCCCAGGUCAUUGCUGUAGAAAGAGGAUGUGAUCGCGGUCAACCUACCUGGUACAAUGGUAGUACAAUGAGGAUUAAUAAUAAGUUAUAUUUGCUUCCCAGGGCCAUGCAACCCCAACCCCUGCAAGAACGAUGCCAUCUGCGACGUGACUGGCCAGAAACGCAGAGGCGACAUCUUCAGCGAGUACAUCUGCAAGUGCCAGGAUGGCUUUGACGGAGUCCACUGCCAGAACAGUAAGGGUCCGCUGCCAGAAC